AUGCCGUUGGAAAAAGUGCUUUGGAUUUUUGCCAACUGCGGUUCUAAGCAAGCAAAGCGAUCACUGCCAGAAUGGGCCAAGAAAGACCCAAUUGCCCGCUCGUUUGUUGACAAGCUUUGGUACGAUUGUCUCAGCCUUGCCGAGAAACUUGCCUAUGAUAAGGCGGUAGACAUCGAAUACCGGCUGAAGCGUGACAAAGCUAUUGAGGAGGAGCGGGUAGCUGAUCAGAUUUGGAUGGCCAAAACGGAACGAGACCUUCUACUCAAAGAGACACGACAAAUCAGGGAAGAGUUGAAAAUCUGGGGUGCUGAUCAUCCACAGCAGCCUGAGGAGUGA